AUGACGAACCACGGCUAUGUACCGGAUAACGUAGGCGCUGUCCGUGACAACAACGUAUAUCCCAUGAUGUUCGCUGGACCCGUUGGCCAUCAUGCAACCUCGAUGCCGACAAUUCAUGCACCUUUUUUACCGGUUACAACACACCCAAUGAUGCCGCCCUAUCAAAUCAAUUACAAUGGCUAUGGAAAAGAACCGCCAAGCUGGAGAGCAAACAACUCUCAUGUGAGAAGUAAUGAUGUGUGGUAUCGACAAAAUGUGUCGGAUAUGCGCAUGCGUCGGGGUAGAACAGCCAGGUCAUACAGCAAUACCAACAACACCAGAGCUGCAUUAUUCAUAGAACACGCGACAGGUGAGUACAAUUUCGUGGAAAGAGAUCUCGUGGAGUUGUUUGUCAAUUUCGGGGGGAUUUCUAAAAUAGACAUAAAACCCACCUUCCCUGCAGCAGAACUUACCUUUAUAGACAAUGCUGGAGGCUUGGCAGCAAUCGAUGAACUUAAUGGUAUAGCAAUACCUGGUGUAGGAACAUUGCGCUGCGUCGAGCUUCGAAACGGAGAAAAACUAGAUCAUGCAAUAUCUAAUGUCCACUUGUUUGAUCAGAACAGAAACUCUGGAUCGUACAACACCGGCAAUUCGUAUAACGACACAAGACACAAGCGUGCUGUACCUACACAAAACACAGUUUAUGCAAGGGUAGCUCGUUUGGAGCUUAUCGAUCUUUUCACAUACGAGCCUGGUUUUGGCAUCACAGAGGCAAUUCUGGGCCCAAAUAAUAGCAAUAUCGAGUAUAUAAUGCGCAACUCAGGAGGCGUAGUGGAUAUUGCGAUAAGAGGCAAGCCAUUAAACUCAGCUCCAGUGGCAGAACGCCUACAUGUGUGUCUUUCAUCACGUGAGAUCCCUGCCUACCUUAAGGCUCUGGAUCUUCUAGAAGAUCUCUUGACCAGUGUUUGUGAAAGGUUUGUGGAAUAUGCCCAAACCCGUGGCAAGCCAGUUUCUAAUCAUUUGGGAUUUAAACGUCACGAAUACCAAGAAAUCAAUGGCAAGCUAGAAUACUACGGUGUAACCGAGCGACCUAAGUCCUGGCUCCAGAAGCGACGUCAUAAUCCUCAACAAAAUGUGGCCCCUUAUUACCAGAGAGUACCAUUUAAAAGACCAAACGAUCGUAAUAAGGGGGUUCCAACGGCCAGGAGUCGUCGCGAAGUACGCUCCUAG